CCGGGUGUUAACCGAGCUGCCUGGGAUGAAUAGGCCUGGCGGCUAGAGCGGGCGGGCUCCAUCAGUGAGCGUCUCCAUGCCAUGGCUCUGCGGUUGUAUUUGAAGCCGAGGAGCGGUAGAUGGGAGCAACCCCAGGUUUCGCGCUGAGAGGAAUUGGAAAGACCCGUCCGCUGUACUGCUCUGGACUAGAUUUUCAAGAGGACUCUGCAGGCCGACACUGCUUCCGGCGGAUUUGGGCUGCCCCUUUACGCGGUGUUGGGACCGGUGGUUCCGCGGGGUUAGCUGCUGCGGGGCCUUUAGAAUCCCGCGCAACUUGGCCGGUUUGGACUGGAUCAGAACUAGGAAAGACCUAAGCUGUUUUUUCUGGAUGCUGUACUUUUUCAAGAGAGAAAUUCAGAGAAAUACAAGUCAGGUUUACAAUUUUAAAAUCCAUGCUCCAGUCAUUCCUAGCCCUGUGUGGAUAAUGGGAACAUUCCACUAUAUGAAGGAGGUUUGUCUACAGCAACAGGAAUGUUCAAGAACAUGGAGGGGUUGGUGAUGUUCAGGGAUGUGGCUGUAGACUUCUCUCAGGAGGAGUGGGAGUGCCUGGACCCUGAUCAGAGGGAUUUAUAUAGAGAUGUAAUGUUGGAGAACUACAGCAACCUGAUCUUACUAGGACUCUCCAUUCCCAAGCCUGAUGUAAUUUCCUUCUUGGAGCAAAGGAAAGAACCCUGGUUGGUUGUGAAGGCCAUGACAGACGAAUGGUGUCCAGAAUUGGAGUUCAGACGUACGACCAAGGAGUUAUGUUCACAAAAAGAAACAUAUGAAGUAGCAUCAUCCCAGUGGGUGAUAAUGGAAAAAAGUCAUAGCCUUGUGGACUCCAGUGUCCAAGAUGACUGGGAAUGCAAAAACCAGUUUGAGAGACAUGAGAUAAAUCAGGAGGGAUAUUUGAGGCAAGUGUUCAUCACCUAUGAAAAAAUGCCAACCUUCAGCCAUCUGACAUCUCUCACUCUACAUCAGCAAAUUCAUCCUGGAGAGAAACUCUAUAAUUUUAAAGAAUGUGGGAGGGCCUUUAUCUAUAGCUCAGAAGUUGUGCAACAGCAAAGAAUUCAUACUGGUGAGAAGCCCUUUAAAUGUAAGGGAUGUGGGAAGGCAUUUAGUCAUUUUUCCUAUCUCACUGAACAUCAGAGAAUUCAUACUGGUGAGAUGCAUUAUGAAUGUAAAGAAUGUGGAAAAGCUUUUAUUCGUGGCUCUCAUCUUGUUCAACAUCAGAGAAUUCAUACAGAUGAAAAACCCUAUGAAUGUCAGGAAUGUGGGAAAGCCUUUAGACAAUCUGCACACCUUACUCGACAUCAGAGAAUUCAUACUGGUGACAAACCUUAUGAUUGUAAGGAAUGUGGGAAAUCUUUUAUUUGUGGCUCAGAACUCAGUCGACAUCAGAGAAUUCAUACUGGGGAGAAACCCUAUGAUUGUAAGGAAUGUGGAAAGGCCUUUAGACUGCGCUCACAACUUGGUCAACAUCAGCGAAUUCAUACUGGUAAGCAAUCUUAUCAAUGUAGGGAAUGUGGGAAAGCCUUUAUUCGUGCCUCACAACUUACUGAACACCAGAGAAUUCAUCCUGGUAUGAAACACUAUGAGUGUAAAGAAUGUGGGAAGGCUUUUAUUUGUGGCUCUCAGCUUUACCAACAUCACCAAACUCAUACUGGUGAGAAAUCCUAUGAAUGUGUACAGUGUGGGAAGGCCUUUAUUUGUGGUUCACAACUUACUCAACAUCAGCGAAUUCAUACUGCCAAGAAACCUUAUAAAUGCAAGGAAUGUGGGAAAGCCUUUAUCCGUGGCUCAGAACUUACUCGACAUCACAGCAUUCAUACUGGUGAGAAACCGUUUGAAUGUAAACAAUGUGGGAAGGCUUUUAGACAGUCUGCACACCUUACUAAACAUAAGAAAAUUCAUAAUCUAAUUUAAUUAAUGUAGGUAACACUUUACCUGCCAUUCGUCAUGAAUCAUCAUCAGUUUCAUACUAGAGUAAAAUACAAUGGAUGUAGUAAUUCCUUUUUAUCUCAUACUCAGUUAUUCAGCAUCAGAAAAUUUAAUACUAAAAAAAAUUGAUAAUGCAGAAGGAUUUUCUAUUAUGACUCAAACAUUGUUGAAAUUUUACAAAUUCAUACCAGAAAAUGUGGUGAAUAAGAAAAAGCUAAUUAUUUAAUUUCUCUGUGCUUAAAUUUAAUAAUUGGUAAA